UACUAUCGAACUUCAAAGUUCAGACAGACAUAUAAAUAUAUGAGCAUACUCACAAAACCUUCUUCGAAUAAGAGAAUAAGCCACAGGAAUAUAAUAACAAAGCCCAUCAAAGUAUAUAAUUUUCUUGAAUCAUGGCUGCACAAUCCUCUUCUUCUUCUUCAAGCUUGGAUAUCAUUGUCCAAAGCAAACCUUCUGAAGAUCAGCUUUCUGAACUUGGUAUCAAGUCAUGGCCUAAGUGGGGAUGUUCUCCGGGGAAAUACCAACUAAAAUUCGAUGCACAAGAGACAUGUUACCUAGUAAGAGGCAAGGUGAAGGUGUACCGGAAAGACUCACCGGAGGUGGUGGAGUUCGCCGCCGGCGAUCUCGUCAUUCUUCCAAAAGGGUUGAGCUGCACUUGGGAUGUCUCGGUGGCCGUUGAUAAACACUACAAAUUCGACUCAUCUUAGAUAAUUCAUCAUUCACCAGCUAGCAAAUUUUAUUUUUUUCCAUUGACUAGUUUUUUUUUUUUUUUUGUUUUUUAGCUCUGUGUUAUUUAGAAAGAAUGUUAUGUAGUGGAUUAAGCAUAAUUAUAUUUUAUUCAUGUUUUAGUUGUCGGAUAA